CCAUGCAUUGACUGACGGCUCAAACUCUCAUCCUUUUCGACAUUUUUCGAUAUUACCUACGAUUUGGAGUACAAUAUUGAGUUGAGGCUCAAGAGUUGACAUUUUGUACACAAUUCACUUCAAUAUAUCCAUUAGAAGUCUUUGUGAUCACAAAAAUGUUUUAUAAAUAUGGGAUCUGUUUGACCAUUACUUUAGUUCUAACUCAGAGUGUGGUUGAGUCAGCCUUUUAUGGAGAUCUGCCAGACGUGUCAGAUGUGGAUCAGACUCUUCGUUUGGAACGGAUGAACGAAUGGCCGCAAAAGAAAUCAGCCAAAGAAGUGGAGAAUUGGCCGACGGCUGACACUUUGAAACUGAUGGGACAAGUGGCUGGAGUGGCCACGAGUAGGGAUAAUAAUGUUCACGUGUUUCACAGAGUGGAGAGAAUAUGGGACGGAAACACUUUUGAUAUGAAUAAUGUCUUCAAUGAGAGGAAUGGACCGCCCAUUCAGAACGACACCAUUUUGGUGUUGGAUCCAAACGAUGGCAAAGUGAUAAAGUCAUGGGGAGGCAAAAGAUUUUAUUUACCGCACGGCAUAAGCGUCGACCCCCAGGGGAACAUCUGGUUGACUGAUGUAGCCCUACAUCAAGUGUUUCGCUUCAAACGCGACCAAUUAGACGAACCGGACCUCACUUUAGGCGAACGCUUUGUUCCCGGAGCCGAUGAAAAACACUUCUGCAAACCAACCGAUAUCGCUAUAUCUUCUUCAGGAAUGGUGUAUAUAAGCGAUGGUUAUUGCAAUUCAAGAGUCAUGAUAUUUUCACCUGAAGGACAUUUUAUCACACAAUUUGGAUUAUCAGACCAGAUGGUUGUAUCGCAUAGUCUGACACUUCUGGAAACCGAAGAUUUGAUAUGUGUUGCCGAUAGAGAGAAUCGACGGAUACUAUGCUAUACGGCAGGACUGAGUGGUGAGAGAAGGCCUGGAAAACUAGUAUUUAAUGUUCAACACAAGCAUUUGGGACGAGUAUUUGCAAUCGACCACAUCGGUGACAUUCUCUUAGCUAUCAAUGGACCGGAAAGUAAUGGAGUGGCGCCUAAGGGGCUUAGCCUAGACCUGGCGACAGAGCAAUUGGUGGACGUAUGGGAGCCGACAACUGAGCCCUUCGAAGAGCCCCAUGACUUGGCGGUGUCCGCCGACAGCACAUCAUUCUUCAUUUGUGAGCAGAUUCCGGAACUGCCAUAUAAACGACAACUGUGUCUGAAAUGCGGCCGUCCGGUGCCGGUCUGUUGGUGUCCGCACUUAUCCGCUGAUCCCAUUGAGACGAAGAACAGAGUUAUUAUUCUUCAACAUCCGAAUGAAGAGAAACGCUGCUUACGAACGGCGAAGAUAUUGGAGUUGAGUCUGUCUUGUGGUCAAUGUCUUGUGAUUAAAGGCAAGAAAUUCUCGUCAUUUAAAUACCCGAUACUUAAGGAAUUGGUUGGCGACCCAACUGCAGACGAUUCCAGUGCUAAGAGGAAGACAAUUGUGGUCUACCCGGGAAUGGGAUCGCAGCCCCUCUCGGAGUUGUCUCGCACUGACUCGUACAACAUAGUGCUGAUCGAUGGCACGUGGAGUCAGUCGCGAUCGAUAUACCACAACAGCUCAAUACUGCACUCUUUGCCGCAGAUCGAGCUCAACGGAACCCAUCCCAGCAAUUAUGUCAUCCGCACCCAACCCACCGACGGCUGUCUGUCGACCGUCGAGUCGGCGGCUCUCGUGUUGGCACAUCUCGAAGACGACAAAACCAUUUACGAGAAGCUGACGAACCCUUUGAAAGCGUUGUGUGACUUCCAGUUGUCUUUUGGUGCGGUCUCUCAUCACAGCAAAGAAUUCCUUAUUAUGAAUGGUUUGUAUACAAAGCCAUUAACCAAACGAAUCAAACAAAAACUUUUCAACAAACAAGAUAUCAAACCAUUGAUCCGUUGACCCGUUCACCACAUUCUUGCGUUCAUUACUUUAAUUUUUGUACAAAAACUUACAUAAAAACAAUUGUUUAUAAUUCCG